AUGGUCCAUUGGCAGGGUUGUCUAAAACGGCUCCCUCUCUUGGGCAUGUGUUUGUGUGGGAAAUGUUGUAUCGAGAUCCAAACGGACGAGGCACCGUCGUCUGGCCAGCUGCAGGCCGGUGCCCUUUCCAUGCAGAGCUUGCAGCAUCUCGUGGUCUGGGAGGUGGGGCUGGUCUUGGGAGACAAUGACACUGGACUCUCGGGGGAGGGAAGAGGUCAAAGGCUUUUAGGGCGAGUCGAGGCGCACUGUAGACUUGUUGUGUUGGUAGCCAAAGACGCAAUAUGGUCCGGUAAGGUCCAGGUAUCUCGCUGGGCCUCUCUUCCCGGUUCACGCAUCCGGUUGCUGGCAAAGGUACUUGACGAAAUCGAGAAGGUACCUGCUCUCGGGACCGCCCAUGCCCCGGGUCUGGCCCGCCUGAGGCUGGACGCCUGGGGGGUCGGUGGCCAUGGUCAGCGGGUGACUUUUCGAACUUUUCUCAGUGGACAGUUUCGAUUGGGGCGCAGGCGGGCUCGACCUUGGACCAGACGACGCCCUGUGGAGAUGCCGUCCACUAUGGGCGAGAGCCACGGUGGGUAUCCUGGGACCGGCUGCCCUGCCCGCCGCUGGAUGAGUCCAGGGUCGACUUGUCAAGAGGACGGGAAGCUGGCCAUGUCUUUGUUGCCUCUGGACGUUUGA